UCCAUUCUGUGAGCGCGUGUCAAACUUCGUACUUGUAGAUAAAUUUUGAAGUUAAGUUGAACUACUUGAAAAUUUUAGUUAUAAGUUCGUGAUUAGCUCAGUAUGUGUUGAUCAUCUUUUAAAUAUUACGUCUUGUAGUUUAUUCGUUGCGAAUGCUAAACGCAAAUAUAAUAUUAGUUGGCUAGAUAUAGCGGCUUAACGAGUUAAGCCUAAUUUUUUUAAACGUGUGUUAAGCACGUGGCAUUCUAUACGUUUAACUUCUGUUCGAUUUCAACUUAAGACAUUCAAUAUUUUUCGAAACGUGUCAGUUUCAAAAAUUGUACGAUGACUGACUUUAAACGCACCGAAGUGGAAUUAAAACCACGAGGCAAAACAAAGGUAACUGCUGAAACUUUAUAUUGGAAAAAUUUUGGAUCUCCAAUUGCUGUCAAAGACUAUGGUGCAAUAGACUAUGUUGACUUUUCCCAAGAACAGCCUUACAACCUUGCAGUAACUUCUUCAUCUAAAAUACAAAUAUAUAGCUCUGUGAACGCUCAAGUAAAUCGCACUUUAUCUAGGUUCCGACAAAGAGCAUUUGGAGGUAAGUUUCGAAGAGAUGGAAGACUCUUAAUUGCAGGUGACGAGGAAGGAGAUGUGCGUUUGUUUGACACUCAGACAAAAUCAUUGCUUAGGAUUUUCAAAGGACAUAAAGGACCAGUACACAGGUGUUUUUUUGGAAGUUCAGAAACCCAGGUAAUAAGUUUUUCUGAUGACAUGUCAGUUUGUUUGUGGGAUAUUCCAAGUGAAACAAGGCUGCAAUGCAUUCAACAACAUAAAGAUUAUGUACGAGCAGGAGGAAUGAGUUUACUAAGUCAAGAUGUUGUUGUUUCUGGCUCAUAUGAUCACACUGUUAAAGUAUUUGACUUACGGAACAACAACUGUGUUUUUUCUUUUGAUCAUGGUUUUCCAGUAGAGUCUCUUCUGUUGUUUCCAUCAGGGACAUCAGUUGUGUCAGCAGGUGGUACCAGUGUGAAAAUUUGGGAUCUUCUUAAUGGAAAAAUUUUGUGUGAUCUGAGAGAGCAUCACAAAACUGUAACAUGCCUUAGUUUUGCAAGGGAUCAGGGAUGUAUCUUAUCAGGUUCACUUGAUAAACAUGUCAAAGUAUUUGAAAGUGGAAUAUACAAAGUGGUUCACACACUGGACUAUCCAUCACCAGUUCUGAGCUUAGCUGUAUCUCCAAAUGACAUGGUUAUUGCAACUGGAAUGGCAGAUGGUCUUCUUUAUAUCCAGAACAAAAAAGAAAGUGUAGAAGAGCAAAAUCGUAAUUUGAAAAUAAAUAAGAAAAAUAAGAUGCAUUAUAAAUACCGUGUGUAUAAUCAAUAUAAACCAGAAGAGUCUGACAUCACUGUCAUAAAUGAUGAACACAAAAAGCUACCAAGGUAUGAUCACUACCUACGUACCUUUCAAGUAAGCAAAGCUUUAGAUUGUGUGCUCAGGAAAUAUGUACAAGAAAGGAAGCCUGAAAUAACUAUUGCAGUUAUUCAAGAGCUUAUACGUCGUGGAUCACUCAGAGCUGCAGUAGCUGGAAGGGAAGGAAAAUCUAUGGUAUCACUUUUCAGAUUUGUUUCUAAGUAUCUGCAUGAUUCACGGUUUCAGGCUAUACUUAUGGAUGUUGCAUUUAUACUUAUUGAGAUCUAUGCUCAAAAACUAGGGGAAUCUGAACAGUUGCAACAACAGUUUAAUAACUUAAAAAGUGCCAUUGACCAAGAAAUAAAAAUUUUGCAUAUAUUUAUGAAAAUUCGUGGAACCAUCAGUGCUGUUAGAGCUGGAAUUUAUUUCAAUAAAAACCCAGAUAUAUGUUCUUCCACAGACACUUUAAUACCAAACAUAAUUCCACGAUAAUGUAUAUUAGAAAUUUGGAACUUGUAAUUUGAUUCAUCUUUUAAAAGUCCAGGGAAAAUAAAAACUGUAAGUAAGUGUAGAACUGAUAAAAGUAGCUUUACACUUCACAGUGCCAAAUUGGCAAAUGUCUUUCUACCUGUUUUAUUAAAAAUGUUUCAGAAUGAUAUUUUAAGAAGUCUACUUGUGUUGUAUCUUCAGUUUAUUAAUGCAAGUUGAUAUUUUGUGUCUGAAAGUAAACACUUAUGAUCAUAGAUAAGAGAUAAAUGAUUUUUUGGAGGUGACCCAUAUCCAUAUGUUUUAGAACAGUUUUGUCUUCAGCUGAUUUCUUAAAAUAUUAGUUUGAAGUCAUGAUUUUCACAAAUUGUACAAAUAACUUUACAAUUAUAAAAUACUGACAUAUAUUGUAAAAAUGUUUUACAAAUUGAUU